UGCCGAACCGAGCCGAGCCGAGCCGGGCGCUGCCGAGCCCCGCCGCACCGGGCGGCACCGGCGGCCCCGGUGGUACCGGCCCCGGCCCCGGCGCUCUCCGCGGUGCUGAACGGCUCCCCCGUGCCCGCAGGACGCGCCGCCGGCGGGGCCCGGCCCGGCCCGGCCCGGAGCGGCUCGGCCCGGCCCCGAGCGGCCGCGGGGGAUGGAGCCCUUCCUCGGCUGCACCGGCGCCGCGCUCCUGCUCUGCUUCAGCUACGCCGGACUGCGCCCGGUGGAGGCAGACAGCCCGUCGGCUCCAGUAAAUGUCACAGUCAAACACCUGAAAGCCAACUCGGCCGUUGUGACUUGGGAUGUUCUGGAAGACGAAGUUGUCAUUGGAUUUGCCAUUUCCCAACAGAAGAAGGACGUGCGGAUGCUGCGCUUCAUCCAGGAGGUGAACACCACCACCCGCUCCUGUGCCCUCUGGGACCUAGAGGAGGACACUGAGUACAUUGUGCACGUCCAGUCCAUCAGCAUCCAAGGCCAGAGCCCUGCCAGUGAGCCAGUCCUCUUCAAGACCCCCAGGGAAGCUGAGAAACUAGCCUCUAAAAAUAAAGAUGAGGUGACGAUGAAGGAGAUGGCGAAGAAAAACCAACAGCUGCGAGCGGGGGAAAUUCUCAUCAUUGUUGUGGUGUUGUUCAUGUGGGCAGGGGUGAUCGCCCUGUUCUGCAGACAGUACGACAUCAUCAAAGAUAACGAGCCCAACAACAGCAAGGAGAAAGCCAAGAGCGCCUCGGAGAACAGCACCCCGGAGCACCAGGGAGGGGGGCUCCUGCGCAGCAAGUUUCCAAAAAACAAGCCCUCAGUGAAUAUCAUCGAAGCAUGACAGGCCUGUCACCCGAUCGAUGGACUCCAUCCCUCACUCUCACUUUCUGCCUCCGAGCCGUGAUGACUGGGGAGGUGAAACAUUGUCAGAGCAACCUGGAGAGAGACCCAGUGAUUGUCACCUGCUGGCAGACACCUCCUCGCCCGUGUCCUGCCAAACAUCUGGCCAGGAAGGAGAAUCCUUCAGAAAACCCUUGACACCCAAAGAAGAUGGAAAAGCAGCGGUGCUGACCCGGACUCGUGGGUCAGCUGGGCUGGAGCAAUGUCUCCCACACUCCUUUCCACCCUCACACUCCGCCUUCUGGGACGACUUUCCCGUCUUUGGGAACGUGGGAGGUUCUGUUGUGUCUUUGUUCGGUCUCACUGUCGCUCCACCCCGACAGAAUUCCCGGGAGCUCGGGCACCCACCAGGCACCGACACCCCCCUCCGAGCAGGGAUGGAGGGAAGCUCAUCCCAACCGCCACCACCCAGCCCAAUUUUGGCUGCUGUGUGCUCUCGCCUCGCUUUGCUCAUCGAUGUGUGUGGUGUAACACGUCCUGCCAGGUGGGUUUUUAAAAAAAAAAAACCAAUAAAAAAAGGCAUCCCCCAGUUUCCAUUGCCACCAGGAGAAGCUGCCCUGGUGGUUCUCCGGUCAGGCUGCAGCACAAUCUGCACUGCUGCUGCCUCUGCUGUCUCACACUGGUGCUCUUCACCUCAGCAAACCGGGGAACACCGAGGCACAGACCAACACCAGGGGACACCAGAAGCUGUUAUUCGGCUUCCAGGAGAAUUUCAACCAUUUUCUUCGUGGUAUUUUUCAGCUGGGCCUGAGUCCACCACCAGUGUGAUGGAAGGUCCAUCAAAAUGUAGCCAGUCAGCAAAAACAAACAAACAAACAAAAAGACAGAAUACCUGAUGGUACCGGUUGCUAUGCAAGGGCUCCAGGGGCAAGAGCUGUUUGCUGUGGAAGGCUCUGGCCUGAGGGACCUUUUUCUGAGGGCUUAAGUUCUUAAAAUGCUUCUUUUAGUAGGGUUCCUGUGGGGAAGGGCUGGUUCUCCUUACCCUGCCUGUGCUGUUUUUGGGGUGUUGGAAGGGCAGGUGCCUGCUGGAGACAAAAAGGGAUGGGGGUGAACGGGAAAGGGGCUGGGGUUCUCCUCUCUCUUCUCAAGUGCUUGAUGUUUGUAAGCUGACAGGAUCCCUGGUGCUCUGGAAGCUGGUAGAUGCAGGACCAUCAGGUGGACAAGAUUUCCUCUCUGUAGUGUGCCAUGGGGUAUCUGUAUUUAUUUAAUUACUCCACGAGACCACUCCAUAUGCACUAGGGGAUGAGGCAGGAUCCUCCUUGUUCCAUCCAAUGCCAAGACAGGUUGGCCUGGGUAGGGUUUGGAUCUCAAACAACGAGCCUGCUCUCAGAUGAGCCUGGGUUGGAACAGGCUGGCAGGAAGGACUUGAGCCAUCUCCCCUCUUCCACUGGCACCAGCCUUUCCAAAAGAGCUGGUCUGGGAGAAAGGCACAGGGAGGUUUGCUUGCAGAUGUGCUGGUGAACAAGCAGAGGCUUCCCUUGUGCUGGUUUCAGAAGACAGGCCAACCCCAAAGGUGUCUUCAGUGGAUCCUUUGCCAGAACAUACUCCUCCAUCACCAAGAGGGAGAGGUCAACACCUCUGAUCCAGACAGAGCAAUAAACAUUUUAUAAUGUACAAUAAAAGAUUAAAGGCAUCUCCUGUGUCCUUGUAACAUC